CACACACACACAUGCACAGAAAACCAGGAAGUUUCAGAGAAAACGAAACUGAUCUCUCUCUCCGUGUGUGAGUUCAGGAAAAUGGCUGAGGCCAGUAUUUCAGUAGAUCAGGAUCAGUUCAUCUGUCCAGUGUGUCUGGAUCUCCUGAAGGAUCCGGUGACUAUCCCCUGUGGUCACAGUUUCUGUAAGGUGUGUAUUAAUGGCUGCUGGGAUCAGGAGGAUCAGAAGGGCAUCUACAGCUGUCCUCAGUGCAGAGACACUUUCACUCCAAGGCCUGUUCUACGCAGAAACAACAUGCUGGCUGAAGUGGUGGAGAAACUGAAGAAGACUGAAGUCCAAGCUGCUUCUCCUGCUCACUGUUACACUGGACCUGGAGAUGUGGAGUGUGAUUUCUGCACCGGGAGAAAACACAAAGCCGUCAAGUCCUGUCUGAUGUGUGUAACCUCCUUUUGUGAAACUCAUCUGAAACCUCACUAUGAAGUUCCUGCUUUGAAAAAACACACAUUAACUGAAGCUUCUGGAAAUCUACAAGAGAAGAUCUGCUCUGAACAUGAUGAAGUGAUGGAGAUCUACUGUCGUACUGAUCAAAGGUGUAUUUGCUCUUUGUGCAUGUUGGAUAAACAUAAAGGCCAUGACGCUGUAUCAGUUGCAGCAGGAAGAGCUGAGAAACAGAGUGAGUUAAAGGAGGAUCAGAUGAAAUUCCAGCAGAGAAUCCAGGAGAAGCAGAAGAAGGUGCAGGAGCUGAAACAGACUGUGAACACUAUAAAGCUCAGUGCACAGACAGCAGUAGAUGACAGUGAGAGGAUCUUUACUGAGAUGAUCAGCUCCAUGGAGAAAAAGCGCUCGGAGGUGACGGAGCUGAUCAGAGCUCAGGAGAAGGCUGAACUGAGUCCAGCUGAACGACUCCUGGAGCAACUGGAGCAGGAGAUUGCUGAUCUUCAGAGGAGAGUCACUGAGCUGGAGCAGCUUUCACACACACACGAUCACAUCCAUUUCCUCCAGGCUUUAGCUUCUGGACGUCAGUCUCCUCCAUUUGAAAGACCAAAUUUUGACACGUCCAGCAUCACUGUCCCUCAACAUCUGUCAUUUGAUGGAUUGAGGAAUUCUCUCUCAGAUCUGAAGAAGAGACUGGAGAAAUUCUGUGAGGAGGAAUUCAACAAAAUCCCUCCACAUGCUGCAGCAGUUCAGAUCAUUUCACCACCAGAGCCACAGAGCAGAGAAGAGUUUCUGAAAUAUUUCUGUUAUCUGACUCUGGAUCCCAACACGACACAUCCUAACCUCAUUCUGUCUGAGAAGAACAGAGUGAUGAGAUACAGUGGGCGAGAGCAGCAGUACUCUGAUCAUCCAGAGAGAUUUGACUCCUGGUGUCAGGUGUUGUGUAAGGAGAGUGUGUGUGGACGCUGUUACUGGGAGGUGGAGUGGAGUGGUGGGUUUGGUGGUGUGUCCAUUUCAGUCUCAUAUAAAGACAUCAGCAGGAAAGGACUGGGUGAUGAGUGUUUGUUUGGACGCAACAAUCAGUCCUGGAGUCUGUGGUGGUGUUCUUCUUCUCUCUCUUUCUAUCACAACAACAUUAAGACUGUUCUCAGAGUUCCAUCACCCUCCAGAAUAGGAGUUUAUGUGGAUCACAGUGCAGGAACUCUGUCCUUCUACAGCGUCUCUGACACCAUGAAGCUCCUCCACAGAGUCCACACCACAUUCACUCAGCCUCUAUACGCUGGAUUCUUUGUUGGUUAUCGAUCAGAAGCGAGGUUAUGUGAUCCAGAAUAAGAUGUAUCUGGUGUUUUGUGGUCAGUAACAAGUAGAAAUUGUAUCACAAAUGAUCUUAUAGAAAAGUGUUUCAUUUCAACAAGAUUCCACAUUAUAGAGAGAUCGUUCCUGAGCACCAAAGCACUAAAAUGUAAAUCUAAAACACACACAGAAUAUUCAUUCUUUGUAAUGUGGUAAUCAUUUUAUUGUCCACAGACACUUACAAAAGUGAGUUUUAUAGGUUUUUAACAAUUAAGAACCUUAUUUUAAUGAAACAUUUAUAAACUUUACAAUAUCCUGGUUGUGUAAGUAUGUACAGCUUUAUAAUUGGGGGUGUGUCUGUGUUCAGAAUAAACCAAUCACAUUCAAUCUCAUGUAAAAAAGUAAUUAUCAUCAGCUGCAUCAAUGAAAUGAUUCUGAUUAACUCCAAAUGAAGAAGAUUCUGUGGGAUUUUCUUCAAAUCUUCUUGUCUUCAUCUGACCGACUAAAAUAACAGAAGCAGCUUUGAUUUACUGAUAUAUUUAACUUUAUAAACUCCUGACACAAAUAUGAUAUGAAACACAGAGAGAGAGAGAGAGAGAGAGAGAGAGAGAGAGAGGAAACAGCACACGGUUCAAACUGUGAAGGGAUUUCAGUCAGAAGUUUUGGAGAUCUGUAGGAUGGACAAAAUUAUUCCUGAAAAGAUGAUACACCAGAAGCUGACCACAUGGUUUAAAAUGUUAAAACUUUACUCCUGAUUGUGAAACAGAAAUGUUUCCAGGUCAGAAUGUUAAUGUGGGAAGGGAUUUUGAGUUUAGUUUGGAGUGUUUAUAUCAGACAGUCUGUACAUAUACAGUCUGUAAAUCUACCCUUUCAGACGUCCUUCUCAUCUCGGGACAGUUUGAUAUUUUCUGAUCAAGUUGUAUUUAUUAGCGUUAAACAGCGGGAUCUGAUCCUUCAUCAGCACUCUCUGUAACGGACAUCACGGACAUUUCCUCCUCACACCACCAGAGGGCACUGUCGCUCAAUUAUUCUAAAACAACAUCUUUCGUGUUUGCUCCAUUAUUUAAUGCCACAGGUGACA